AUGUCAUCGUUUCCUCUGCCGCGGGGCACGUGGCUCUUGGUGCUCGCCGUCUGCUUGGUGUUGCUUCCAGGCAAAGCAGCCGCCUUUGGUGCUGGGAACAUUCCGUCCAUCGCUCAGGUCGAAGGACACAACUGGCGCCAUGGAGAUAUCGAGGACAUGCUCGCCAGCGUCGCCUUCCUGCACGGCAAGAAAUGGACGUCCAUGCUGAUCAAGCGAACCUACUUUGGAAACUGGCUCCGUGAUUACUCACAAGCUGUCGAUGUUGGCAGUCUCAAGGGCGUCAAUGCCGCCACCAUACGAAUCCUCGCAAGUCCCCCGGGCCUGGUUUGGGUCCUCUCGUUCAUGGCUUUCGGCUAUGCCACCGAAGAAUUCGAAGUCACCGAGGAACGUCUCGGCUGCUACCGCCCAGAGGAACACAUUGACAACCCCCUGGGUUACGCAGAUGGCCUCGAUGCCCGCACGUUUGAUCCCCGUCUUCGCGGCCCCGUUGAACCCGUCGAAACGGAAAUCGAUAUGAAAACGGGCAUGAAGAACUACAUUGCCAACGAGACCGGGCAAUGGGCCACCAGUGCCGGCUACAUUCGCUUCAGCUUUGCUCGCAGCAUCCACUUUGGCCGCCUCUAUACGUGCGGCGAACGUGGCAAGGGCAAAGACGAGAACCUGUGCGAGGCUCUUCGCUGCCUCGGUCAAGCCCUCCAUUGUCUGGAGGACUUUGGAGCGCACAGCAACUACUGUGAGCUGGCUCUGCGAGAGCUUGGGUACCACAGUGUUUUCCCACACUGUGGCACCCAAACCGAGGUAAACAUCCAGGGCAAGAGGAUCUAUCCCAUAGUUACAGGUACCUUUGGCGCCGUCGACUUUUUGCACUCGGUCAUUGGAGAGGCCAAUGAUCAUUUCACCCAAUCCGAGGUCGACGAAGUUGAGGUGGCCCUGAAGAAUGCUCAAGGCGCCAGAAGCGGCCCCGUGGGUUCUCAAGAUAGGGGACUAUUUGACGGCCAGAGCCCACCAGACUUCAUCUCCCUGCUCUCCAAGCUCCCCGAUGUCGGAGCUGGAUUCGCCUCCGAGGCAAGAGAGCUGAAGGAAUCUUCCGAAGCUCAAGAACGAGAGAACCAGCAGAACCAGCAGCGAGCCCGCGCCGACAAUGCCAACGUCGUGCCGGGCAUGAGCCCCGACUUCGACCCUGUCAAGACGGCCAAACGCAUCUAUCCUAUCUUGGUUUUCCGCGACAACAUUGUCAAGGCCAUCAGCCGCGGCAUCGCCAAGGUUCCCGGCCUGGAGAAGCUGCUGGAACACAUCAGCGAGACCCUGACCGCCUUUGUGUUGGGACUUCUCGCCCCCUUCAUCCGACCCAUCGUAAACUCCGUCAGCAAGGUUCUCAAGGAUGGCUCCUCUGGCGUCAUCAGCGCCAGCUCCAAGUCCCAAUUGGAGCCGUGGGAGAACGACAGGUGCUCCGAUCCCACCCACUCCAUGCUCUCCAAGGACCACUUCAUCAACGUCCUAAACUCGUGUGCCGGCCGGGUUGCCGCUACGAUUCUCCAAUACGCUGUUCCCCGCGUCAUCUUUGCCUGGGAAAACCCGAAUGUCCCUGUAGACGAAGUGGUCAACGACGUUAUCCGGACCUUCCAUCACCCAGCCCUGCGCAACGAAAACAUCGAAAUCCAGCGCGACAUGUUCAAGACGGUACGCAUGUGGGCCGACCAGCAUCCCCGUCGGCACGAACUCGAGCGCAUCCUCUCCUCAGAAGCCGUCAGGACGGGCAAGAACCACAUCCUUCACGGCACGAAAUCCGGUUCCGGCUCCGGCGGCCACUCCCACGGCGGAUUCGAUGCCCUCAGCCAGCUUGGCCACGGCAAGGUCGCCGGCUCGCUGUGGUCCCAGGUCCGCACCCGCGACCUAGACUCCAUGUCUGGAAAUGACGGCAACCAGGCUGCCAACUACGUAUCCAACUCGCCCGCUCCGGAGUCAAGCAAGAUGCCAACCCCGCCAUCGUACGCUGGAGGAGAAGCAGCCUCAUACCUGGACGAGUCCAAUGCCUUCCAGGCAGGCUACAAUGAGCCCCCGCCGCCAGGACAGUAUUACCAGGGCUACAGUCAGCAAGCGCCCGGUGGUGCCCAGGGAUACCCGGGACCGCAGCAGCAGUACGGCGCGCCGCCGCCAGGACAAUGGCAGCAGCCGCCACAGGGAUACGGUGGCCCCGGGUACAGCGGUCCGCCGCCCCAGGGGUACCCUCCUUAUGGACAGGCUCAACCGCCUUCUUGGAACCAGUAUCCCGGCCAGGGACGUUACUAG